AUGCGCAUCGGUAAUCGUGAGAUUGGGAUCAACCACCGACCCUACAUCAUCGCGGAGAUCGGCGUCAACCACGACGGUGAUGUCGAGCGGGCGUUGGAGCUCACCGACGCCGCCGCGGACGCGAACGCUGAUGCGAUCAAGCUCCAGUUCUUCGAGACCGAUCGCUUGAUGAGCAAAGCCGCAAAGCUCGCCGCGUAUCAAAAAAAUGCAGGCGAAACCGAUCCGAUCGAGAUGCUCCGCAGACUCGAGCUCACCAUCGACGAGAUGGCACGCGUCGUCGAGCGAGCGCACAGCAAGAACAUCCACGCGAUCGUAACGGUGUUCAGUACCGAGCUGGUCGAGGUCGCCGAGACGCUUCCCUGGGACGCGUAUAAAACCGCGAGUCCGGACAUUGUGAACAAGCCGCUGCUCGAAGCGUUGAUGCAGACCGGGAAGCCGAUGAUUGUGAGCACCGGCGCGAGCACAAUGGACGAAGUAGUGCAAGCUGUUAAUUGGCUCGAACCCGCACGCGAUCGACUCGCGGUGUUGCAGUGCGUGAGUUCGUAUCCAGCCCCAGAAAGCGCAGUAGGUGGGGUGAGAGCUUUGCGAAUACAGUUUGAUUUACCUGUUGGAUAUAGCGACCACACUCGAGAAAACGCGCAGGGUUUUUGGGCGGUAAUUGCCGGCGCAUCUGUAAUAGAGAAACAUUUUACAGAUGAUUGUAAAAGAGCUGGCCCAGAUCAUGCAGCCUCGUUGCAUUGGUCACAACUGAAAAACUAUUGCGAGAAUGCACGGUCCGGCGUCAUAGAAAGGGAUGGUUACGAACUUGUAAUCCAAUCGCCUUACUCUGCUGAUGGCACUGAAACAGUUGAAGAUUACGGAGAUCUUCCGGAUCAUUUGUUUGACAAGCUUAACUGUGAAGAUCAUGGCGCACAUGGUGCAAGCCUGGCUAUAGAAACACCUACCGAAAAACGCGUCCUCGACUGCGAGCAAGAUGUCCGCACCGUCUCGCGCCAAUCCGUCGUUUCUGCCCAAGACAUCCCCGCCAACACCACCAUCACCCGCGACAUGCUCACCAUCAAACGACCAGGCACCGGCAUCCUCGCUUGCAACCUCGAAUCGGUCAUCGGAUGCACAACAUCGCAAUCCAUCGAGUCGGAUAUCCCGAUCCAGGAAACCGAUCUGGUUCAGUUCGAGCCCUUGCUCGCGAGCGUGUAG